GUCGAGGGCUUGGAGUUCCAACUCAUAAGAAAUCAGCAUGACGUGUGAAGAUGCAUACAAUGGACAGUCACCGAGAGGAAUGAUACUGUGGCAGAUGUCUUGAGGGAGAUCUGUCGCAUCCUUUGCUAUGACUCCACACGCCUCUGGUGGCAGAACAGAGCAUCAGAGGUUGGUGCAGUUCUGUUUACUUUUGUACGGUGCGGUGAUAUCAUCCGAGAGGCGAGGCGACCGCCAGACCUGUUGCUCCCCAACGCAUUGUCGCAAACAUUGCGGCUCGCUACCUUGUGUGGAGAAAGCUACGACGAAAUGCAUUGACAGUGCAUGGUGCAUCUCCCUUCCACAAUCAGAUUGGCAUAAAAAUGGGCAGAAGACAGCAGCUGACCAACGGGUCUGUAGGUAUGAUAUAACCGAGCUCACUUCAAACGGUUCAUUUCUCCACCACUGACUUAAUUCAGCGUUUGCCCUUGCGAAGAUCCACCGAAAACCUCUGCUACCGCGCUGAUGUCUGUGAUCAGACCACGGGAAUCUAGAACGAGAAG